CAAUCCACUCCACAGCCCCCGGAGCCAAACACACCAACAAGCCCCCUUGUUUUCUUCUUCCCUGCUCAAAUCGUCCAUACACCAUGUGCUCCCUCAGAAGCAGCGGCACCGGCAUGCCGGUACAGAGUGUGGACCCGGAGGCGGCAUGCGCACUGCUGGCCUCGGAGCAGUACGGGUACGUGGACGUGCGCAUGUGGGAGGACUUCGACAAGGGCCAUGUUGCCGGCGCACGCAACGUACCAUACUACCUCUCUGUCACCCCUCACGGCAAGGAGCGCAACCCUCACUUCGUCGACCAGGUCGCCGUGCUCCACUCCAAGGAGGACCGGUUCCUCGUCGGUUGCCGCUCCGGGGUGCCGUCAAGGCUCGCCACCGCAGAACUCGUGGCCGCGGGGUUUACGAAUGUGAAGAAUCUCGAGGGCGGCUACCUCUCCUUGCUCAAGAGCGCAAGCUACCCUGACAACUAGCCACCACUGGUUCUUCAGUUCCAUAUCUAGAAUAAAUACUACGUUGUAUUAUCCAUUUUCAUAUGAAGAAGAAGAUGACGCGUGAGAAGGAAUUAAUUUCCAAGUAAAAAAGAAAGCCAUAUGCCUGCAUUAUAUGCAUCCUGAGUUCUUGACUUGGAAUUUGGACAAAUAGUGCUACUACCUGAGUUCUGAUUUUCCCUUUUAUGAAUGUAUCAUGCAAAAAGGAAAAUAAAAUAUGUUUUCUUCUUCA